AGCUCCGUCCCGGUAACUUUAAAGGCAAGGAAGUGUUCUUAAAAAAUCGUCUUUGUGGCUUUUUAUUAAAGUAAGAUUAAUAUUUUGUGUUGGUUGACUCUUUUGGCGGGAGAAGAAGAAGAAGAAAAAGAAGAAGAAGAAGAAGAAGAAAAAGAAGAAGAAGAAGAAGAAGAAGAAGAAGGGGACGUGGUGAUUGCGCGUCACCAUCUGACUUUCCAAACCUGCUUCGACGCGCUUGUUGGAGGAGGAGAGGCAGCAGCAGCAGCAGCAGCGGCGAGAAGCACCUUCGAAGCCAAAAGAAUAACGACCACCGCUAAUAAUCCACCCCCAAAAAGUGACAACUAGCCCGGCGAGAAGUUUUCCAACCGACCACUGAGAGAUUCACGGAACUCACGGCGAGGAGAAAGUCCCCCCGCUGGAGGGCGAAAGACGACUUUAUUGGACGCGGACAAGUUUUAGCACACUGCAAAAAAAAAAGGGCCAGGAGUUUCGCAGAGUUCUGCCAGAUGCAACAUGCAACCAUGUCCAAGGAGGCAGAGUUGGAUGUGAGAGGCGCGCGGGAGUCCAGUGACCCAGAGACGCCCAGGAGGACGCCCUCGCGCUCCCCGUCCCCGUCACCGUCGACCCCGGCCGACCACGGAGGAGACGCCGCCCCCGAGCGCCAGCCCUCCGGUCGCGGCAGCAGCGGUGCUGCGGGCGGCGUUAUCGGCCGACGCGGCGGGAGCUCCAUGCAGUUCAGCAGCAGACCGCCUAGUGCUGAGCAGCCGGGCUUCAUGGGGACAUGGCAGCAGCAGACCACUGACAGCAACCUCCUCUACAGGAUGUCCCAGCAGGCCAUUCGCUGCACGUUGGUCAACUGCACGUGCGAGUGUUUCCAGCCGGGCAAGAUUCACCUGCGCACAUGUGACCACUGCAAACACGGCUGGGUGGCUCACGCUCUGGACAAGCUCAGCACCCAGCACCUGUACCACCCGACCCAGGUGGAGAUCGUGCAGUCCAACGUGGUGUUCGACAUCAGCAGCCUGAUGCUGUACGGAACCCAGGCGGUGCCGGUGCGGCUCAAGAUCCUGCUGGACCGCCUCUUCUCCGUGCUCAAGCAGGAGGAGGUUCUGCACAUCCUGCACGGCCUGGGCUGGACCCUGAGAGACUACGUCAGGGGCUACAUACUGCAGGACACUGCAGGCAAGGUGUUGGACCGCUGGACCAUCAUGUCCCGAGAAGAGGAGAUCAUCACCUUGCAGCAGUUCUUGCGCUUUGGCGAGACCAAAUCCAUCGUGGAGCUGAUGGCCAUUCAGGAGAAGGAAGGGCAGGCAGUUACCGUUCAGUCUUCCAAAACCGACUCCGGGAUUAGGACGUUCAUUGAGAGCAACAACAGGACACGCAGCCCGGGACUGCUUACACAUUUAGAAAAUAGCAGCCCAUCUAGUAUUCAUCACUUUGAGAAUAUCCCCAACAGCUUAGCAUUCCUUUUACCGUUCCAGUACAUCAACCCUGUGUCUGCCCCCAUGCUCGGUUUGCCCCCCAACGGACUACCAAUGGAACAGUCAGCUCUCCGGCUACGGGAGCCCAGCUUGCCCAACCAAGUUGAACAAGUGGAAACGAGCGAGUCAGACGUGUCCAUGUCGCCGUUCCGUACGAGCCAGAGUCCGAGCCGUGGAACCUUGGGUGGCAUGAACAACACUGAACCCAAAACGGAGCCCAGCAAUCGGGCAUCCCCCGUGUCGCCAUCUCCGUCCCUCCAGCAGGCUCAACAGCAGCAGUCACAGCAACAGCAGCAGCAGGGACAACAGCAGUCCCAAAGCCAGUCCCAGACUUCCAACACCCUGAGUGACCACCAGAUUCACCUUCACUUUGUCAAAGAGGAGCAGUCAAAAUCCAUCACCCAUGCUUCAUUUUCCUCCAAAAUGCACCGCAUGAGGCGCAUGGGCUCCACCUCCCGCAAAGGCCGCGUGUGCUGCAAUUCUUGCGGCAAGACCUUUUACGACAAAGGCACGCUCAAAAUACACUACAACGCGGUACACCUAAAGAUUAAACACCGCUGCACCAUCGAGGGCUGCAACAUGGUCUUUAGUUCCCUGCGCAGUCGCAACCGCCACAGCGCCAACCCCAAUCCGCGUCUGCACAUGCCUAUGUUGCGCAAUAACCGCGACAAAGACUUAAUUCGUGCCAACUCCAACUCUGGUACGCCUGUCAUCUCAAGCACCAAAAAUGGUGGAUUCACACUUACAAGUCCUGGCCGGCCACCUCUGGGCUUCACCACUCCACCAAUAGACCCGAUGCUUCAAUCCCCCCUGCAGAGCACACUGGUGUUCCCCUCUCUAAAGUCAGUGCAACCAGUCCAACCUGUGCCCCCAUUCUACCGUACACUACUGUCCCCUGCAGACCUAGUUAGUCCACCCGUCUCGCUGCCCAUAAGCCCCAUUCUGCCCACCACCACCAACGGCACCACCUUAAUGGACCAGCAACAGCAGAUCCUGGCGGCUGUGGCUUCACACAACAAUGUCCAUGUGUCCGAGAUGGGAGCCAUGUCGCAGAGCUUAAACACAGUUGGUGGCCAUCAUGAGCCAGGCAGCGGCGGCGGGGCAGACCCCACGCCCAAAAAGAAGCCUCGUAAGUCCAGCAUGCCCGUGAAGAUCGAGAAGGAAGUGAUUGACGUGGCUGACGAAUACGAGGACAAAGACGAGGAUGACGACGAUCACAUCAACCACAAUCAUCACCCAUAUCACCACUCGUCGCUCCUUCACAACAACAUCAGGAUGAACGGAAACUACAACAGCAACAACAACAGUGGGAGUGGCACAGGGAACCACAGCGGUGGAAGCGGGCAGCAAUCCCCUUCCCAGGAUGAGAUGAGUCCCGGUAUGACUCUGAGAGGCAUGAUGAGGCAAAGUGAGGAUGAAUGCCGAGAGGGGGCUGGUAGUGACGGUAGGGGCGAGCGUCGAGGUUCUAGUGACCUACGCUGUAUGGACAGCUACACUUCUGAGGACCAAGACCACGAAAGAGACUUUGAGAACGAGUCUGAAACCUCGGACUCCAAGAUGUACUACCGGGAUGAGAUGAUGGACGUGGAGGAACAGCAGAAGCACCCAAAAGGUGGAAAGGACCAGCGUGACAACAGCAUCGAGGAAGGCCAUUUGAGAAAAGACGUAGAAGGAAAAGGUCAGCUAUCACCGUCUCCUCACCAGGCGGCCACCAAAAUCAAGGAGGAACUUAACGACCCGACUUACGACAUGUUCUGUAUGAGCCAGUACGGCCUUUACAACGGAGGCAUGGCCGCCGCGGCCGCCGCCAGCAUGGCCGCUCUGCACGAGAGCUUCAUCUCGUCGAUGGGCUACGGCGCCAGCCCGCCCAAAUUCCCCACGUCUCAAUCGCCGGACGGGGACCCGUGCUCCAGCCCGGACCCCAAGAUCUGCUACGUGUGCAAGAAGACCUUCAAGAGCUCGUACAGCAUGAAACUGCACUACAAGAACGUGCACCUCAAGGAGAUGCACGUGUGUACGGUCGCCGGCUGCAACGCCGCUUUCCCCUCACGGCGCAGUCGAGACAGGCACAGCUCCAACAUUAACCUGCACCGCAAACUGCUGACCAAAGAGCUGGACGACAUUGUCCUGGACCCCCAACUCACGCCACUGCCCAAUGACUUCCGGGCCGAGUUACUGGCCAAGAUCUACGCCGGGCACCACCACAUGGCUUUGGACCCGACGGGUGGGAUGGCGUUCAGAGGCCUCGGCCCCGCCGCCUUGAUCCACGGCGCGCAUUCCCCCAUGGGCAACAUCGACUUCUCCCAGCGCCUUCUCCACCCGCACCUGAAGAACCACCACGCCAACGGCUUCUCCCGAGGCCAGCCGGACGACUACGUGGUGCUGGACCUGAGCACCACGUCCAGCGGCAGCGUCCACUCCUCACACGAGUCGGACGAGGGCAGCGACGAAGGCGUCCUAUUGGACGACCUGGAGGAGGAGGAGGGACUGGAGGAGGAGAAAGGCAACAGCGAGGGGGAGGAACAGGGGCGAGAGACUUCGGACACGACCAGCGAGUGCUUGGCAUCGCCGUUCCGCCUCUCGUCCACCGGGGGGAGCAACAACAACAACGACGGCGGCGUCCUGUGCAGCAUCUGCCACAAAAUGUACAGCAACAAGGGGACUCUGCGCGUGCACUACAAGACUGUGCACCUGCGCGAAAUGCACAAGUGCAAAAUCCCCGGCUGCAACAUGGCGUUCAGCUCCCUGCGCAGCCGCAACAGACACUCGCAGAACCCCAACCUCCACAAAAACGCGCCCUUCUCCGCGCUGACUCCUCAAACCCCGCCCCUCUUUCCUCCUCUAGCCCCUCCCCCCCUUUGUACUCAGCCCUGCCCGUGAAAGAUCCUUCCGUACGCUCCACUUUGUCCCCGACUUGGAAAGAAGACGUCGCUGGUUUUCAUACACCUUCUCCUCUCCAAAGAACUUCUUAUUUGUGACUUUGCCUGCGGACAAGAUCGUACUGAGACUUUGAAAAAAAACUAACAAACUUAAAAAAAAAACAUGUGUCUCGUUGUAUUUGUGUAAUGAUAGCUUUGAAAUGAACCCCCUUAACGGAGGGGGAAAAAAGCAUGCCAGCUUCAUUUGUAAAUAAUGUCCCGAGAGUGUAGAAGACUCGUGUUGAUGGUCCGUUUGCUUCUUUUUUUGUUGUUGCUUUUUAUGUUACAGUCCAGUACAAUACUUCAAGCUAUAGGCAAGAAAGAGGUAGCAUCUUACUAGCUUGAGUCAUUUUAUCACAUCUUAGGCAAAAAAAAAAAAAAAAAAAGACAAAAAAAACCUACAUAAGAAUAUCACGUGAAAUGCUUUGUUGGAUAUUCAGAGGUUGCCGGCAUGCUCUUCUUAGGCUCCCACGCGGAUAUCUGUGUCUUAUUGAUUUCGGUUUGAUGUUUAUGCGAUUCCGUUUUUUGCACUUUGCAUCUAUACAAGGGGAUGUGUAAUAUUAGUGAGGACGUUUGCAAUGGUGAGUUAAGGUGCAUCCUUUGAUCGUGGAACUUCAACCUGCCGGCGCCGUUUGUUUGCUUUUUUUUUGCGUGUGCCCUUAAAUGUAAACAACAACAACAACAAAAGAUACGACAAUACCCGACAAAACGUCACAUGAAUGGAUUUUGGUUGUCCAGUUCACACUUGUGGUUCGGUACUCUGAUCCGGGCUAAAAUAAUUGCUCAUUCUUCACAAUGCUGGUUUUCUCAUGACAACUAAAGCACGUGACUGGUCGGAUUUCUUAACAUUAGGAUCAUUUUAUAAGACUGUGGUACCUUCGAAAUAAUGUCAAUUUAAAAAUAUAAACGCAAAAAACACACAUUUUCAAAAAGAACUAAAGAGUGCAGCUCCAUUUCCUAAUGGUACAAAAAAAUCAGCCCAAAUAUGUAAUCACUUUUGAGCCAUUUCUAACAUUUCCUGAGAGUUAUAGAAAAAAAAACGGCCAAAACUUUGAGUUAUCUAAAGCAAAAUGACAGAAACAGAGUGAACCCUCUUGUCAAAAAUCCACUAUGUUUGUCUAGCAUAAAUACACAGAAGUUGAAGUUGGUAUCAGGCCCAAAUUUAGAUUUGGUACUCUGAUCCGGACUAAAAAAAGUUUGCCUAGCCUUCACAAUGCUGUUUUUGUCAUGACAACCAAAGCACGUGAUUGGUCGGAUUUCUUAACCUUAGGAUCAUUUUUUAAGACUGUGGUACCUUCGAAAUAAUGUUAAUUUAAAAACAUGAACACAAAACACACAUUUUCAAAAAGAACUAAAGAGAGCAGCUCCAUUUCCUAAUGGCACAAUAAAUCAGCCCCAAAAUGUAAUCACUUGUUCCUAAACCCAUUUCUGACAUUUCCUGAAAGGUAGAGAAAAAAAAACACCCAAAACUUUGAGUUAUCUAAAGCAAAAUGAAAGAAACAGAGUGAACCCUCUGGUCAAUAAUCCACUAUGUUUGUCCAGCAUACACACAGAAGUUGAAGCUGGAAUCGUAUUGUAAAGUUAAGAUAAAAUAGUAGAAAUUACCAGAUUCGGUACUCAAAUCUGGCUAAAAAAAAAAAAAAAAAAGUUUGCUUACAAGCACAAUGGUGUUUUUGUCAUGACAAUCGAAGCACCUGAUUGGUCAGAUUUCUUAAUAUUAGGAUAUUUUUUUAUGAUUGUGGUACCUCGGUUUUUAGAAAAAUGGUAUAUCUGAAAAUAUGAACACAAAAAAAUCAGCACUUGUUCCAUAUCCCAUUUCUGAUAUUUCCUGAAAGUUAUAUGAAAAUCCACCCACAACUGUUUGAGUUAUACAUAGCAAAAUGAAACAGAGUGAACCCUCUUGUCAGUCAUCCACUAUGUUUGUCUCUGCCCCACAGACGUUAAAGCUGGUAUAGUAUUGUAAACUUGAGGUAACAAAGUAGAAAUUAUUCGACAGGCCCGGAUUUCUUCGCAUUAGAAUCCUUUUUAAGACUCUGGUACCUCGGUGUUAGUGAUCAUUGUGAAAACCAAAGCAGAAAUAAUGUAUGUUGAAUCCAUAAAUAGGAACACAAAACAACAUUUUACAGAUAACUAGCGCGUGCAAACCUCUGGCAAGCACUGUUUCCCCCCAUCUAAACAUCCUAAAUCCAGACGGUGAUCGGAUCAGCCCCAAAAUGUUAUCACAACGUUGGAUGAAAAACCGCCCAUUUUUAUAUCGCUAUAUGUUUUUAUAUCUAUAGUGGAAUGAAAGAGAGUGAACCCUCUCGUCAGUCAUCCGCUGUAUUUGUCCUUGCAGGGUUGCUGGCUUACCCACACAAACGUUGAAGCUCCUAUCAUCUCGUAAAUUUAAAGUAAUGUAGUAGAACUGAUCCAGAACAGGCCCAAAAUCAGAUUUGGACAUUGUUUUGAAAGUUUCAUGAAAAUCCUCCCAUAACUUUUUGAGCUACAUAUAACGGAAUGAAACAGAGUGAACCCUCUCGUCAGUCCUCCACUGUAUUUGUCCUUGCAGGGUUGCUAGCAUAAACACAUAGAAGUUGAAGCUUCUAUCGUCAAUUUAAGGUAAUGUAGUAGAAAUGAUCCGGAACAGGCCCAAAAUCAGAUUGAGACAUUUUUUGAAAAGGUCAUAAAAAUCCACCCCUAAGUUAGUGAGCUAUCUAUAUGGGAAUGAAAGAAACAGAGUGAACCUUCUCGUCAGUCAUCCACUAAAUUUGUCCUGGCAGGGUUGCUAGCAUAAACACACAGAAGUUGAAGCUCCUAUCGUAUCGUAAACUUAAAGUAACGUAGUAGAAAUGAUCCUGAACAGGCCCAAAAUCAGAUUGAGACAUUUUUUGAAAAUGUCAUAAAAAUCCGCCCAUAACUUAUGUUGCUAAAAAAACAAUCCAACAUAGUAACAAGUAAUGAUGGAGAAAACAAAUUAAAUAUGCGUAAUGAAUAAAAUGAGCAGGGUUCUUUCUUGAAUUAAAUAGUGUUUCUCACCUUUUUUAUAAAUGCUGGUACUCUCAACUUUCUUCGGCCCCAUGGCGGCUUAUUUUGCAGUCGUCGUACUCUGUAUAGAAAACAAAAAAGCACAGCGACUGAGUCAUCGACACGCGAGCAAACGGACUAGUUCAGGUGCUGCGGUCAAAGUUGGAGUUGCCACAAAACACAUUUUAAGAUAGCCAACACACUACUGCCAUCUGGCGACUAAAGUGGACAGUGCACCCCCUGAUUCGUCACGUUUCGUGUGUCAGUUAAACUUAUAUGAAUACCCUUCCUACCGUUUUUUGACAUCAUUUGUCUUUCUUUAUGAAAAGUGCUGGUACUCACAAUUUUCUUCGGCCCCAAGGUAGCUUGUUUUGCAGUCAUACUCACAUAUAUAUAAAAAAGGACAUCGACUGAGUCACCAAUACGUGAGCAAACGGACCAGUUCAGGUGUCUACACUUUUUCAAACCAGAAAAGAAAAGGCAGAUAUAGUAAUUAUUCCGCUGACAAAACAUUUCAGGCCUUGAGCAAACUGGAAAACUGACUAAAAAUGGGGAGAAAUGUGUCCAGGGUGCAUCAUGAGAGGAUGCAUUAAAACAGGGGUGUCAAACGUACGUCUCGAGGGUUUCAUCCGACCCGCGUGAUGAGUUUGCCAAGUAUAAAAAUGAACCGAAAAUUUUGGAAAGAAAAACUGCAGUUCUAAAUGUGUCCACUAGAUGUCAAAAAUAGCAAUUCUUUGUAUCUUUGUAGAUGAUGCUACAUAUGUACAGAAUAAACCACAUGUUAGUACAUCAGCCGAAAAAAAUGACCCAACUACAUAAAUAACAGUAAUUUGAUAUAUAUUUUUUUUUCAUCUUGACCUAUUGAUAAUUAACACCAAUAAGUUGACUGAUGAACAUUAUCACAUCAUUUAUUUAGAAAGUAUAAAUAAGAAAAAAAUAAAGAUAGAAUACUAUUAACCGCAACAUGUAAGUGUAAAAAAACAACAACAUGAUUUUUACAUUUUCAGAAUGUACUUUUUGCGUAUUUUUUAAACAAAAAAAAACAAUCUGAAGUUGUCUUUAUUUUUAAGUUAUCAUGCCGCGAUUUUACCAGUCCGGCCUACUUGGGAAUAGAUUUUUCUCCAUCUAAAAUGAGUCUGACACCCCUGCAUUAAAAUCACCAAAAAGCACAAAUAAUAAGAUGUACAGAUCGUCGGCCGUUUUGGUUUUCAGGUUCGAUUUUGAACUCGUUACAUUUUUUUGAGGGGUGUUUUACAUUCCAAUCUGUGUUUGUUUUGUCAGUAGAACACAACCCUGGACUAGUUUGUUACUCUCCAUGUUUAUUACCGAUACCUUUUGUGGAAAUCUGACGAAAAAAGUGGCGUGCAAAAACCGAGGUACCACUUUAUUGAAAAAUCUUCCAGAAUAUAAAUCUAAAGAGCGCCAGCACCGCUUCCUGUUUUUAUUUGUGUCCCGUCCUGGUCUUUGGUCAAGUGAACCGCACCAGAGUUGACUGAACCCAACGUGUGAAUCCCUACAAGAACCGGCACUUCUUAAAUAGUCCCCAACCUCCACGGUGACCGAGCUCAUUGUACUUAAAAACUUAAAUUACUGACAUGAUGCACUUGAGUCUUAAAAAAAAAAAAAAUAUCUGUGAAAAAAAACAAAGAUGGUACAAGUACUUCCAGUGGUCCAAGUAGCCAAGGGAGCACAGUAUUUAUUGGUGGCUGGCGUUAAUUAAGCCCAGCAAUUUUGCUUUACAGUAGAGACGGGAUUCAUAUGGCUCCAUUCCUGGGUGGACCUGGCAUUAAGGGGUUAGAGAGGGAAAGCAGUUUGCUGAAAAUGACGGAAAGCGCCUCGACACAGUUGGACUUAUCACAAAACGUUUUAAGAUUGCCAAAACUAAAUUGGACAGCGCACCCCCUACUUCGUCACGUUUCAUGUGUCAGGUAAACCCAUAUGAAUCCCCUUCCUAUUGUUUUUUUGACGUAUUAAGGUGUGUGAGCGACGCCAUGUGACUUUUGUUUUUGUCUUACUUGACUGAUGCUGCACACAGAAGGAAGAAUAUGCAGUGUUACGUGCCGACACUUGUACAGUAUCUACCCGCUAAAAAGUAGGGAUGGGCAACAUUUCUUCAUUCAUUCUUAAAUGAAUGUUUUACACUCCUCUUUCCGUAAAUGAUAUAUGGUGGCGCCCCAUAAGAGUUGGCUUAAAAAUAAAAAAAUAAAAAAUAAACGGUCUGGGACACAUGCUAGCAUACAGUAAGGAAGGGAUUCCCAAUUCGUCACAUUUCAUGUGUCAGGUAAACCGCGUCGAAUGGGGUCAUAUGAAUCCCUUUUGAAGUUUUAGUUGAUGGCGGCCAUGUUUUUCGACCAAUCUCGCUCAAAUGUCACACACAUGUACAUGUCAGGGCCCUGGAGGUGUGCACCAAGUUUCGUAUGGACAUGUGACAUUUCUUCAUUCGUUCUUAAACGAAUGUUUUACACUCCUCUUUCCGUAAAUGAUAUAUGGUGGCGCCCCAUAAGAGUUGUGCUUAAAAAAACCAAAACAAAAAAAACGGUCUGGGACACAUGCUAGUAUACAGUAAGGAAGGGAUUCCCAAUUUGUCACGUUUCACGCGUCAGGAAAACCACGCCAAAUGGGCUCAUAUGAAUCCCUUUACGACGGAAGUUUUUGUUGAGGUUUUUCACCCAAUUUUGCCCAAAUGUUACACACAUGAACGUGUGUCAGGGCCCUGAAGGCGUGUACCAUGUUUCGUAUUAAGAAAUUGUAUGGGGGGGAAAAAUAUGGGGUUUAAUAACAGAAAAAACGGUAGGGGACACAUUUUCAAAUGGUGGAGCAGGAAAUGUGUCAUAUUUACUCUUUCAGUGGGAUUCUGGCUGUAGCUGUGCUGUACCGGAACUGAACACAGCUGAUUACUAAAAAAAAAAAAUCUGUAUCCGGGUUACAUCACUGUCAGUCUUUUUUUUUUUUUUUUACUGUUAUUGUAGUUUACGCGGGAUUAAACUGCUUGAAGGUGGCGUCCACAGAACACAAAAAGACAAGUAGGUGUGUAUAGAUGCUUCAUUUUUCCCUUUCAACCACAUCUUAAUUUGAACUGGAAACCUGUGAAAUAGCAGAAGGGUCUUAAAAGAAAACGCAAUCUCAAACGUGUGGAUGAAUAUCGUGCCAAUUAGUAGGUAGUAAAGUUGAGGACCUGUAUUAUUAAGUCUUAAAGGUUGACACGGCUGCAAGAACAAAGUAUUACUUUUUGUGAGGGGGGGACGGUGACUAAGAAGCCUCAUUGAUACUGCAAGUUGCCUAAAAAGGUGUUGCCCAUUUGCAGACGCGAGGUUUCAAGUGGUCCUCCUUUGUUUAAAAAAUAAAAAUAAAAAAAAGAAAUCUUUACUUUUUUUCUGUAUCAUAUCUGUCUGUUUUGUUUUUGUUUGUUUUGCAUAAAAUGCAUAAGGGUUUUUGGGAUGUAAAUGGAAUUUUAUUCAUAUUUUGUCCAAAUACCUCUUGUAAUUUGUAUCAGAAUUCUUGUACAAUUUUUAUAUUAAAGAUUUAUCAGUCACUG